UCGUCUUCUUCCUGUCAUGUGAUUCCGUUUCAUCAACAAAACCAUGUGACCGCUAAUGAGGAAGUCCUUCCAGAGAGGAGUAGUCAUGAGGAGAAAAUCUUUCUAACUUCUGCUUUUAAUCGUUUUUAGCCGCGGAUUCUUCAUCAUGUCGCAGAAGGACUUUGUUUUGUGUUUGAAGCUGCUGCUGUUUCUUCUCGUCGUUUCUCAGUUCGGGACCGAUGGACGGCAGCAGUGGCCGGUUCCUUACAGGCGGUUUGACUCCCGGCCUGAUGUGGACUCUUAUUGUGAAGCUCUGUACCCGUUCUGUCCCACCGGAGACCCAGAUGGACGGAUUCCCUUCAUGAAAGACGGCGACAUCAUCUCCAUUUACCGGCUGCAGACGCCAGUGUGGGAAUGGAAAUAUGGAGAUUUACUGGGGAAGCUGCACGUCAUGCAUGAUGCCGUUGGGUUCAGCAGCUUAGACACUGGAACGAACUACACCAUGGAGUGGUACGAACUGUUUCAGCUGGGAAACUGCACCUUUCCUCACCUCAGGCCGGAGAUGAAGGCCCCGUUCUGGUGCAACCAGGGAGCUGCCUGCUUCUUUGAAGGCAUCGACGACCUGCACUGGUCUCAGAAUGGCACUUUGGAGAAAAUAGGAGAAAUCAGUGGGAGCCAGUUCAAUGACUUGGCCCAGUGGGUGCAGGACGACAACAGGACGGGGAUCUACUACGAGACGUGGACCGUCCUCUCCGACCCCAGCCCAAACGCCACGGCGUGGUUCGAGUCUUACGACUGUUCCCAGUUCGUCCACCGCACGUACAGGAAGCUGACAGAGCUGGGAGCCAAGCUGUCCAGCCGCUCGCAGACCAACUACACCAAGAUCUACCUGUACAGCGGAGAGCCCACGUUCCUCGGCAACGACAGCGACAUAUUCGGACAGCCCGCCCUGAAAAAUGUGGCGACGGACAUCCGCAAAUUUUACUACAGCUUCAGGCCGCACCAGUCGUUUGCAGAACUGGCCGUCAGUCUGCUGGAGGCUUUUAGGGAUGUGGUGUUUGACAAGAGCUUCUACCUCUACUACAACUUUGAGUACUGGCAUCUGCCCAUGAAGCCUCCAUACAUGCAGAUUACAUAUGAAGAGGUGCCUUUGCCUUAGUUUCACACUGGACCACUAAAAUCUGACUGUUUUUUCCAUUUUUAACUGGCCAAAGAUGUUAAUAGCAUGACAGAAUUGAUUCUUGACCAUCUUGAUCAUUCACUAUUCCUCACAAAAUUACAUUGUUUUUAUAUCUAUACUUUGGCAAACCUUUGAAAGCAUUUUUAAGAAAAUAUUUUGAUGUUUACAUCCAUGCAGUCUUCGUCUUUGCCUUUAUCGAUGCGUUUGACCUCAAAUUUUAAGCUAACCUAAGCUAGGACAGUGUUUAGAAAAAACUGACAUUUGAACAUUUGCGACACAGCGACAGCAAGGAAUGCAACACUAAAUGGAGUUUGUGAUGAUUAUUUUAAUCUAUUGAACAAAAUAUUGCUUGAUAACUUUUCUGUCAGCUGCAUACAAAAUUAUUGUCAUUCCCUGACAUCUGAAGACACACGAGAAAAAACGUCUCCAGUAAAACCAACCUAUCAAAGCUACAGAAGUUCUGCACUGAUGAGACAAAAAUAGAGCUCUCAGGAAUUAUAAGUACGUACAUCUUGAUUUUUCUGUUGGUAUUGUACCUAAAUAAACUAACCAUUCACCUCUUACAUGAUCUAGAUCAGAAUGUCAAAAAUGUCAGGGGGGUUGAAUAAUUUAUUUUCUGCACCAUUCCAGUCUGUCUUGAACUUAGACAAUGAAGUGUUUCUUGCAGUGUACAAAUUUCCAAGCUCAAAAUCUCUUUUCCGCUGCACUGUUUAGGACUGUAGAGCUUCUAUAAACAUACUAAUAGAAGUAUUUUGACUGUUAAACUCAAUGUUAUGACAA